CUCUCUCUCUCUCUCUCUCUGUGUGUGUGUGAUCUGAUUGAAGCUGCAGAUUUUGAUUAAUUAUUUAAUUAAGAUGGGUUUAAUGGGAAUUCGCUGUACCUGGUUUGGCGUGGUUGUGCUGGCAAUGAAUAUCUUCAUCAUGGCCGAAUAUUUAAGCUUGGCCCAAGAAACGUCGUCGUCGUCGUCGUGUAUAGACCGGCUUCGUCCUUGCUUCCGGUACCUGAACAGCGAGGGAGACCCGCCGGAUAGUUGCUGCGACCCUCUGAAAUGGGUGAUAAAAUCCGACCCCGAAUGCCUGUGCAGCAUGAUAAGCAUCCGGGGCACACGUCAAGCCGAGCAGGCCGGCAUCAACGUAACCCAGGCCCAGCAGCUUCCCGGCCGAUGCGGCCAGCACGUCAACCCCAUCUCCAGCUGCCUUACAGGUUCUAAUAAUUCCAAUUCCGGGAACUCAUCAGAGCGGGGUGCUUCGAGUUCUUCUUCUUCAUCAUCAUUAAUGUCGUGUGGAAGGAGCAGAGUGGCCGCCAUUUUCAUGGCUUUGGCUGUCUCUAUCUGCAGGGUGCUCACGAUGAACUCUGUAUUUGGUUGACCACUAAUUACGCCAUUAAUAUUGCUUAUCGACCAAUUAAUCAAAAGUUGUCGUCUCCAAAAUGGAGUUUGUUUGGGAGGUCGUGAUGUAUUGUUAAGACUCAAUUUCUUUUUACUUUCUUUCUUACUUUGAAAUGGACUUUGAUGCCUUCCUUUCUUGCUUUCUCUCUCUUUAGAGUUUGAAAAAUAUUCAGUUUGA